UGUCGUGGGCGUCCCCCAAAACAGCGGGGGCACUUGAUAGUUGCAGAAAUUGGGCGCAUUGCAAGCAAAUAUCAAUCAUCGUUGUGUAGUAAACCUACAUCAUUUUCGAGUCGUGGUGGUAGUGACGCGAAUCUGGUUGCGAUUGGAAUCGAACAGCCGCAGUCUCAACAAAAUUUGCUUCAGCAAAAACCAUCCGUCCUCGACGAAAAUAUUAAAACACCUACAGAAGUAACCUCGACGGCGGCAGCCGCCUCCGAGGUUCCCGGCGCAAUCAAGACGACCAUCAAUAUCGGCAUUGCGAUGAACCACGUUAACGACCAGGAAAACCUUAAACAGCUCAACCUGGCACCAGUUCAGGUCAAUGAAGUCGAAGAAAUGGACACACAAGAAGAAACACCAAACGAUGGUGGCGGAGAUGGUAAUGAUACUAGUCCUAUGAAUGGAGAAUCAGAAUUAGCUUGUAUAGUUCAAGAUCAAGAAAUGGGAGAAGUACAAUACAGUACAAUACAGUACAAUACAGUACAAUACAAUACAGUACAGUACAAUACAGUACAGUACAGUACAGUACAGUACAGUACAGUACAGUACAGCACAGCACAGUACAGCACAGCACAGCACAGUACAGUACAGUACAGUACAGUACAGUGCAGUGCAGUGCAGUGCAGUGCAGUACAGUACAGUACAGUACAGUACAGUACAGUAGAAUACAGUACAGUACAGUACAGUACAGUACAGUACAACAUAUUUUGGGGAUUUAGUCAUUUUAUGACAUGGCAGGAUCUUUUGGAUCCUGAUAAAGGUUACAUUCAAGAUGACUCUAUUACACUUGAGGUUCAUGUGAUGGCUGAUGCUCCGCAUGGUGUCAGUUGGGAUAGUAAAAAACAUACUGGAUUUGUAGGUUUAAAAAAUCAAGGUGCUACGUGUUAUAUGAAUUCUUUACUUCAAACUUUGUACUUUACCAAUCAGUUACGAAAAGCUGUUUACAAAAUGCCAACGGAAAGUGAUGAUUCUAGUAAGAGUGUGGCUCUGGCCUUACAGAGGGUUUUUCAUGAAUUACAAUUUUCUGAUAAACCAGUAGGUACAAAAAAACUAACUAAAAGUUUUGGUUGGGAAACACUGGAUUCCUUUAUGCAACAUGACGUACAAGAAUUUUUACGAGUGCUUUUAGAUAAGUUGGAAACUAAAAUGAAAGGAACCUGUGUAGAGGGAACAGUACCAAAAUUAUUUGAAGGGAAAAUGGUGUCAUUUAUUAAAUGUAAAAAUAUUGAUUAUAAGUCAACUAGAGUUGAAACUUUCUAUGAUAUACAGUUAAAUAUAAAGGGAAAGAAGAAUAUUUAUGAAUCCUUUAAUGAUUAUGUAAGCACUGAAAGUCUGGAUGGCGAUAAUAAAUAUGACGCUGGAGAACAUGGUUUACAAGAAGCAGAAAAGGGAGUUAUCUUUUCGUCAUUUCCUCCAGUUCUAUACCUGCAUUUAAUGCGAUUUCAGUAUGAUCCAGUUACAGAUUGUUCAGUCAAAUUUAAUGACAGGUUUGAAUUCUAUGACAAAAUAAGUCUUGGUAAAUACUUACAAAAUAAAGAAGCAACGAGUGCAGAUUAUACAUUGCACGCAGUCUUAGUUCAUAGUGGAGAUAAUCAUGGUGGUCAUUAUGUUGUAUUCAUCAAUCCAGCUGGUGAUGGAAAAUGGUGCAAAUUUGAUGAUGAUGUCGUCUCGAGGUGUACGAAACAGGAAGCCAUUGAUCAUAAUUAUGGUGGUCAGGAUGAGGACAUAUCUAUGGCUGUAAAACACUGUACGAACGCCUAUAUGCUGGUGUAUAUAAGGAAUUCUGAAUUGGAAAACGUCUUACAAGAAGUUAAGGAAGGGGAUAUACCUCAAGAGCUGGUGGAGAGGUUGCAAGAGGAGAAGAGGCUGGAACAAAUAAGAAGAAAGGAGAGAACAGAAGCAUACUUGUAUAUAACCGUCAACGUCCUUCUCGAGGAUAACUUUGACGGUCACCAAGGAAAUGACUUGUAUGAUCCAGAGCAUGCUUGGUAUCGUAUAUUUCGCGUACGUAAGCAGUGUACCUUGCACGAGUUUCUCGAAUUGCUGAGUGAUAGCUUGAAAUAUCCAACAGAGCAAAUUCGUCUAUGGCCACUGAAUGUGCGUUCGAAUCAUACUUGUAGACCAAUGUCACUCGAGUUAGAACCUGAUACACAAAAAUCUAUUUACCAGUGCUCAGAAAAUCCAAAUGUAUGGAAUGUAUUUGUUGAACUUGUUCCUCCAGAUUCAGAUUUAACGGCACUGCCACCUUUUGAUAAAGACACUGAUGUUCUAUUAUUUUUUAAAUUAUAUGAUCCCAAAAACAAGAAGAUACAUUAUUGUGGUCAUCAUUAUAUGCCUGUCACAACUAAAGUCCAGGAACUUAUACCUAUUUUGAAUGAAAGAGCUGGAUUUCCACCAGAUACAGAAUUAGCACUUUUUGAAGAAAUUAAACCAAAUUUGGUUGAAAAAAUAGAUAAUUUAACAGAUCCAUUAGAAAAAGGCCUUGAUGAAUUAAUGGACGGUGACAUUAUUGUCUUUCAAAAGGAAGGAGACAAUCAGAUGUAUGAACUUCCAACGUGUAAAGAAUAUUUUAAGGACCUAUUUUACAGAGUGGAAGUAACAUUUUGUGACAAAACGAUUCCUAAUGAUCCAGGUUUUACAAUGGAACUCUCUUUGAGAAUGACAUAUGAUCAAAUGGCAAGAGCUGUAGCACAAAGAGUUGGCACUGAUCCGUACCUCCUACAAUUUUUUAAAUGUCAAAACUAUAAAGACUCACCUGGACAUCCACUAAAAUGUACAUAUGAAGGUUCGCUGAAGGAUUUGGUUUCUUAUUGCAAACCAAAAACAAAGAAAUUAUAUUAUCAGCAGCUCAGUAUUAGAGUAAAUGAGCUUGAAAACAAAAAACAAUUUAAAUGUAUAUGGGUUGGUCCAUCCCUUAAGGAAGAAAAAGAAAUCAUUCUUUACCCUAACAAAAACGGAACUGUGGCUACUUUGCUUGAAGAAGCGAAGAAACAAGUAGAAUUGUCGGAAAACGGAUCUGGAAAAUUAAGGAUACUAGAAAUCACUUCUAGUAAAUUGUCGCCUGGCCCAAGAGAAGAUGUACCCUUAGAUAACUUAAAUACAACUGGCACAAAAUUAUACAGGAUAGAAGAAAUUCCAAACGAUGAAUUAAAUUUAGCAGAAGAUGAAAUGUUAAUUCCUGUUGCACACUUUCAUAAGGAUGUAUUUUCGACGUUUGGUAUUCCCUUUUUCUUUAAAAUUAAACAGGGUGAAUCUUUCCCAAAGAUGAAAGAGAGAUUACUGAAGAAAUUGGGAGUACAAGAAAAGGAAUUUGAAAAGUUCGCGGUGGUGACAAUGGGAAAGCCACACUUUAUUAUGGAUUCGCCAGAAUACAUUGUGAAUCUCGCAGACUUCCGUACACAUCCAAGUCAGAGCACAUCGCCAAACAGGCCUUGGCUUGGCUUGGAACACGUCAACAAAGCGCCAAAGCGUUCUCGAAUCAACUACCUCGAAAAGGCUAUUAAAAUUUACAAUUAAAUUUUCAUCCUGUGAAGAGGAAUUAGGCAGCCACUCAUAUAAUUUAUACGAUUCUAUAAUAAGAAAGCGUCGUCUGACACAGAAUGGUUGGAAAUGCGUUUGCGUAUUCGAUUCUUCAGGCAGAUAGAGCGUGGUUUUAAUAUUAUGAACAUGUUAACGAAAGGUAAAUCUACGCUUUGUAUACGAUGGAUUAAGAGAGUGUUAUGACCAUACAAUGACGCUUUAUGAAUCAUGUAAGUUCUCCCUUUCGAAUCGACAGGGAUUUUACGUAGUGGCUGGAUCGAUGGCACAACAUCGAUUCCACUAUGCACCAACAAUGGAUUAGACGCUUCUAUCUGUGAAAUCGAUUUUUGUAUUUGUAAAUAUAUUUGUCGCUUGAUGGCAGUCGUUUAUAAGUAUUUUUGAAGGCAGUGUUUUCAAUGCAUUCGAUUCAGUCAAGAACAAGAAUUUCUUUAAACUGAUAUUUCAUUAUGAAAGCGAAUAUGGAUUACAACCGCAGAAUGAAGAAUCCUCAUGUCAGGAAUGAAAGAGGUAUUUAUGAAUGAAGCAUCAUAUUACUUUCAUAGAAGGGCUCAAUUUUUUUUAAAUUUUCAUUAUUUGAUCCUGCCACGUAAAAUCUUUGUAUUGAUUUAAUAAGAUCCAAAGAGACACAUUGUGUACUGUUCUACGUGAUGUAAUAUUUAAAGCUCAUUAUCAGAAAAGAAUUGUCUAUACACUCCUCCUUCAUAUUAUAUUCAGGAUGUUUGAAACGCAGUUUGAUACUCGUCCUAUAAUCUUAUAUUCUGCACUUUAAAGUAUGUUUACGAGAAAAUAAACAUUAAUGUUUUGUUUAUAGUGUUAUUUGUUCAUACAUGAAAAUGUAAGUAUCGAUCCAUUAAAACAAAAUGUAACUAAACAAUCGUUUAACAUUAUAUAAAGAAUUUAUAUAUGGAAUAUCAAAUUUAAACGUUUUACAACUAAAUUCUUGAGUUGCUUUCCAAACACCCUGGAGCCUUUUGCGUUUGAAUAUAUUCUUUUGUCUGUGUGUGUUUUAUGCGUCUUUUCCUAAUAUACUUUACCGAGAUUCUAGUAAACUUUGCAAAUAUAUAACAGUAGACUAACACAUUAAUGAGGCAGAAUUUUAAUUUAAGAAAUAAACUAAACGCGUCGUGUAUAGCAAAUGUUCAACACAUUGCACAUUAAAUACAAGUAAUUGUAUUGAAUAUGCGAAAAGCUAAACAAUUAUUUAAAUGGAAAACUCAUUUCAUGCUCAUUUUUGUCAGAUAUAUUGCUUUAUUAGUUAUAUAAUAUUUUACGGUUUUGUCUAUAAUUCAUGAUAUAUUACAAAUCUGCUUCCAAAUAUUUUUCUGUCUAGUACUAACCACACAACAUUAUACGAAAAUUCCUUUAUUGCGUACGAGUUAUUUUUCAAUCAGUGUUUUUCUGCCUUAACUGUGAUGAAAGUCUUUCGAUAAAACACAUUUAACUUUCGUAGUUCUGAAAUACUUACGAAUGCUAUUAAAUAUUGAAAGAAGGUGGAGCAAUUUAUUCAAUUUAUUUAACGAAUAAAAUUUCCAUCUGAAAUAUUAGUUUGUUACCAUUGUUAAAAAAAUGAGUGUUCUGACUUUUAACAUGAAACAUAAACUAUAAAUGAAUUUCAGUUUAUUUAACUAUUAGUUUUUUAGGAUAAUAAAUUACUGUAAACGAAUUCAAACAGUAACUUUAAAGUUAAACAAUAUUAAGUAUAGUUUUUACAGUGAAGAAGAAUUAUCAAACUUCACUGCGUUGAGCGCUUCUUGAGCACAUUUCAAAAUUGGCGAGUUCAACUGUAAGAUAAUAAUGCAUGAAAAACCAAUGCGGCGUACAGUGGUAACGACGUAAGUUGGGUAGCGGAGUUGCGAAGAAAUGUUGCAAUGCUCUGUAAAAAUCGAAACGUGCUUGUACAGGUAGCUUGAUUACUUAAAACCGUGAUUUUAAUUAUGUAUGUGUUUUACACGUUGAACACACAUCUUAUUGCUAGUUACGUCAGUUUUCAAAUUUAAUUUCGGUAUCUUCUGCAACAUCGUUGGCACUACCAUUGUGUAAAAUAUAAUUCUAAACAGGAUACCAAUUUUUGUGUGUUAAUAUUAUAUGGGGAGGGGAAUGAAAAAUGUAGAAACCCGAGGGUUUCAAGUGACGCAAAAUGCAAAGUGUUUUUUAAACACGGAACAUUAAAAUUUUCUAAUAAUAUUGAAAUCAUUGUGAAUGUGUGACCGCAUUCUUAGUAAGACGUAGAUUUGAAGCGACAUUACAAUAGACAGAAUGUCUUUUGUUAAGUCAUACCUAAACGCGACUGCUUUACUGGAAGGAAAUUAAAACAUGCAUGUUAAUUUUGACAUUCUGAAAACAUAAAAUAUAUUUUGUUGUUAAUAUAUACAUAUAUGUAUUCAUUAUAUAUAUCAUUGUCAUUGUUACAUUCUCCAUAAAUAUCAAUAAUGACAAUGAUUUUUUAGUUGAAUCUAGUACGGAUACUUAUAAUGAUAUUAAUAGCAACUGUGUAUUUUUUCCAUGUAAUCAUAAACAGUUUAUAGAAAGAGAAUUGUUUAAGUUAUUAUUCUGCAAUAAAAAAUGAAACUAUAAGAAUAUAUCAUAUAUGACCUGCAGAGGAACAACAACACUCUAUGAUUUGUUUUUAAGCAUUUAAAACAUGCUUCAAUAUUUUUGUAGCGGCUAAUUAAUUGCGAUUAUAAAUUUUACUUAUAACUUUCUAAUAGUUACUUUCUAGGCAAAAAAGGUAUAAUGCAGGUGUGGAUAAAUAAAAUAAUUAAUAAUAAAAAGAAAUUGCUAACACAAGCAAUUCGAUUUUACAAGUCUUAAUUUUAUUAACGCCAACAUUCUAAUAUUAUUCUUGUAUAGUAUUAGAAAAGAAGUACAUUAUAACAGUCAUAUUUUAUAAACUGUACUAAUUAAUCAUACUAAAGUAUUAUAAAAGCUACCUACAUUUAUAAUAGCAACAUUUAAAUAAGAUUGUGUUACACAUGACCUCAUUUCUAGGUGAAAGUUUUGUACAUAAAUAUUACAUGAAAACUCUUCUUAAAUAAUACUAAAAUUGUAAAUAUGUUGUUAUGCACAACAUUUAAUAUUUUCCUAUCAUCAUCGAAGUUACUUGUUAUUUAUUUUGUGCAAAUUCGUUGUUAUCAAAAAAUCUGUUUUAGUUAUUCACGAAGCAUGUAUUGGAUAAAACUGAUGGAAAACUUAAAAAAAACUGUAGAUAUUUUCUUCGAAUUUAAUCAAUUAUAUUGUGUAAGAAUGUUGUUUUUUUUAGUGGUACGUUUUAUCAGAUAUCUGUUACGUUACAUAAUGCAUUUUAUUCUGCAAUUAUUAAAAUAUCUUUUAUUAAGUGACCUAUUAUAUUAUUAUACGUAUCAACUGCCGUGUUACUGCAAUUACACGAUGUUUAAAAUGACUUUCUUAAACAGUAUUCAUGGUAAUAAUGAUUAUGUUGAAAAUAUCGUCUGUCGUACGGAGAACUAUAAAUCUAGUAACAGUACUAUUACAUAAUUUUUUAAAUAAAUUAAGUAGAAAUUGUUUACUAUUCUGAUCGAUGGCUUUUAAUGUACUUAUCUACUGUCAAUCCAUUCUCUUUUGCAUUUUUAAUCGCAAAUUACAACCACGUUUCAUGAUAUUUUUAACUCCAUCACAGCUAUCAGCGUAGCAGGUUUUUAUAGUAUAAUUAAUUAACAACGCUAAAAAGUAUAUUCAAUUAAGUGAAAAUUAAAUACGUUCUUAAGGAGAGUAUCUACUUCUAAAUAUAUUUUCUGCAAUAUCGAUAAUGUCGUGUGAAGUGAUAUAAAUAAUUAUAAUACAACAAUAUGUGUUUGUAAAGAGUCAACAAUAUUUUUUCAAGUUGCACUAUUUCAUAUGGAUUAUAAACUAUACAAAUGAUUUGUGACUCAAUGUUUUGUUUUGUUUGAUAACGAUCAGCCAUGUACUUUCAACUACACGAUUUAAUUAAGGUCUCGAGAUUAUUUUAACGAAUACUAUGCUACUUUCUGAAUAAAGCAUUAAACAAUAAUUAUGUUAAAGAUCUCGUUUUAUAAUAAAGUUGUUACCGCCAACCGAACAAAAUUUGUUUGACAAACUACUUCCUUGUGUUUUU